AUGGAGGCAGAUGGAACAUCGAGCACGUCGAACGAUUCAAACAACGGGAGUUUCGGCCAAAGUAUAAAUUACUAUAAUGAAAAUUUAUUUUUCACAACAAAUGGAAAAUUGGACUCGUACUUUACCAGUGAUAAGCCUGGAAGGAAAAUUUGUGACAACGAAAAAAUAACAAGAAAGAUUGAAAGUUUCAAAAAAGAUGAAUUUAGUGCGAAUAGUGUUCAUAAGACUAAAGUGGAUGAGGUAAAUAAAAGACUGUCGUUUUUUGUGGAUAACUAUGAAAAGAAAAUUGACGUCAACGGUGAACACAGAAAAAAUUUAAUUGAAUUCUACAAUAAAAAGAAUAUGGAAAACAAUAGUAUUCACUUGCAUGGUGUAGAUUCGUAUGGAAAAAAAUCUAUUGGAUUUUCACCUGAUCAAGUGCAGUGCAUGUGUGAAGCUCUUCAUCAGCGAGGUGAUAUAGAACGACUGGCAGCAUUUCUGUGGUCCUUGCCGCCGUCGGAACUACUGAGAGGGAAUGAGAGUAUUCUUAGGGCACGGGCUGCUGUUGCAUUCUACAGAGGAUCAUAUCACGAAUUAUAUUCUAUUUUAGAAUCACAUUCGUUUAAUCAAAGGUGGCAUGCCGAAUUACAAACGUUAUGGUUUAAAGCUCAUUAUAAUGAAGCAGAAAAAGUGAGAGGCAGACCGUUAGGUGCAGUUGAUAAAUACAGACUAAGAAAAAAGUAUCCCUUACCGAAAACUAUUUGGGAUGGAGAAGAAACCGUGUAUUGCUUUAAAGAACGUAGUCGAAAUGCUUUAAAAGAGUGCUAUUCUAGAAAUAGAUAUCCAACUCCAGACGAGAAGAGAGCUUUAGCGAAAAGAACUGGAUUAACGUUAACUCAAGUUUCAAACUGGUUCAAAAACAGAAGACAACGAGACAGGACGCCACAACCAAGGCCGGAACUAAUUUUGGGUAACAUGUCACUCAACCAAAGUAGCAUGAUGUCAGCCCAUCAAGGAAGUCUCGAUAUGGUUGCGUUUCAAGCUGCUUCAAAACUUUUUGACUCCAACUGCGGUGUUACUUCCUGUUACUCCGACUAUCAAAUACCGUAA